AUGGGUGCGAAAAGAGACUUCAGAAACGACUUAGUAGAAACGAGCAUCACUAAUAAAACUUCUCAAUGUAUCACAUGUAUAAUCGUUUAUAGUGGAGCCUAUGGUGGUGUUGGGAAAGAACAAGAUGAAACUAUUGUGGAAGCAAUCGAUGACAAUGAGAGAAAAUUAAUUGUCCAUAAAAAGACAUAUAUGUACGGUGAAAAAGAAGUAACGAAAACAAUUAUACAAAUUACAAAUAGCAUCGGCAAAAAGAGAUUCCACGUACCUGAUUCUGUGGUCUUUGGGUCUUUGAUUCUUAGUAUUAGUUUAAUGAUUGAUGGUGUUAUAAUGAUUAACACAGUUGAUAAUCCACCGAUUGUUUCAAUAACAUUUACAAUUGUAUUCAUCUGUGAAUAUUUAGUUGGCAAAGAUGAAUUAAGAGCUACAACAGUUAUUGGAGAUGUUGAAUUAAUGUACGAUUGUAAUUCGUCAAUACAAGUUUGA